GGUGAGAACGUAAUGGCAUUUAGCUAAUUCCCAAAAUGGCGGCCCCCAUGUUUGAAAAAGUCGGCACUGUUUUAGCUGAUGGGAAUAUUCCUGUAGCAAAAUACAGGUCUAAAAAGACUGGCUUAUCAGUGUGUAUUGCACAAGUUGAGGGACCUCUUGUUAACGGCUACUUUUGUCUAGCAACAGAAGCUCAUGAUGACGAUGGAUUACCUCAUACACUGGAACAUCUUGUGUUUAUGGGCAGUGAGGACUUUCCAUACAAGGGUGUUUUAGAUUUACUUGCUAACCGGUGUCUGGCUUCUGGAACAAAUGCCUGGACAGAUACAGACCACACUUGUUAUACCAUGACAAAUGCUGGGGACCAGGGAUUUCUUAAUCUGAUGCCAAUCUAUCUAGAUCACAUCCUGUACCCUACACUUACAGAUUCUGGAUAUACAACAGAAGUACAUCACAUCAAUGGUAAUGGUGAAGAUGCUGGUGUUGUUUAUUGUGAGAUGCAGGGGAGAGAAAACUCGGGUGAAAGUAUCACACAUUUAGAACUGAUUCGUGCACUCUACCCAGGGCAUUGUGGGUACAAGUCAGAAACCGGUGGCAUCAUGAAAUCUCUACGAGAGAGCACAUCUCAUAAAAAGGUCUGUUCAUACCACAAGGAAUUCUACCGUCCCGAGAAUCUGUGUUUGAUAAUAACUGGUCAAAUAAAACCAGAGGAGGUGUUUAAGGGCCUUCAACCCCUUGAAGACAAGAUUAUCUCUAAGGGUAGUUUACCAAAGUUUACACGACCUUGGCAGUCACCUGUACCUGCAUUACCAGGAAGUGUAGAGAAGCUUGUAAAGUAUGCUGCUGAUGAUGAAACACAUGGUAUUGUGAUUGCUGCAUGGAGAGGACCCCCAGCAAAGGAUCAGUACUCAUUCAACAGUGUUGGUCUAUUGUUAGAUUAUCUCACAGAUUCUGCUAUAUCUCCUCUACAGAGAGAUUUUGUAGAAAUUGACGAACCAUUCUGCUCUGAUGUCCAUGGAAACUUGAUAGAAAACGCUGAAAGCAGUAUUUACAUCAAGUUUGAUAAUGUUUUCAAAAACAAGUUGGACUCAGUUUUUCCAAGGUUACAGGAUGUAUUAAAGAAGAUCAGCAAUGGAUUAGAGAAGAUUGAUAUGACCAGGAUAAGUAAUCUGAUUCAAAGAAAGGUUCUAGAUGCCCUAGCUUCUAUGGAAGAUAACCCACACAACAAGAUGGCGUCAUUUCUUAUUGGAGACUUUCUCUUCAGUGAUAACCAGUCAGAUCUUGAAUGUCGGGUACAAACAGUUAAGUUAUACACAAAGAUGAAAGCUGAACCAGAAUCAUACUGGAUUGGAUUGAUUAACAAGUACAUGACUGAUAAACAUCAUGUUUUGAUAAUUGGGGAGCCAAGUAUAGCAGAACAAGAACGUCUUGCUAAAGAAGAAAAUGAAAGAGUAGAGAAACAGAGGGAACGUCUGGGGAAAGACGGAUUACAAGAGAAGGCAACUAUACUAGAAAAAGCUACGGAGGAGAAUGAGAAAGAGGCUCCAGAUUCUGUGGUUACAAGUGUUGAUGUUCCAAACGUUGAUUCAAUCCAUUUUCAUCCCAUAGUUGCCUCCUGUAACAGGAAGGUGGAGCAAUCUGCAAAAGAUUCUGGGUAUGGGAAAAAUCCAGCCUUUCCAUUGGAUGAUAUACCGUUUCGAUUUCAACUGGAUGAUGUGCAUACAAACUUUGUACAGAUGCAUGUGAUGUUAGACUCUACAUGUUUACCACAAGAGCUGAAAUACUUCCUUCCACUUUAUUGUGAAAUUUUAUUUGAGAGUCCAAUUCUCAGAGAUGGAGUUUUGGUGUCUCACGAGGAGAUUAUAUCACAGUUAGAAGCUGAUACAUUGAGUACAGAGUCUUGUAUUGGAGUGAAUGGAGGGAAAUUUAGUUGUGGAAGUUUUCCUCAGAUUGUAAUGCUGAAGAUACAGGUGGAGAAGGCAAAGUAUGAACUUGGUGUGAAGUGGUUGAGAGAAAUUCUCUAUCAGACUAAAUUUCCUGCUGAAAGGUUAAAGGUCAUUGCAAAGAGGAUGAAUAAUGACAUCAGUAAAUAUAAACGAAAAGGAAACGCAGUACUAAAAGCUGUUUUCAGAAGUCUUGUUUUCUCUCAAGAUUGCAAUCAUCAAGUAAACAGCAUGUUGAAGCAACAUAAAUUCCUAGAAAAUUUGCUCAAGACACUUGAAUCUGAUCCAAAAAAGGUUGAAGAGAAAAUGGAGGAGGUACGUAGAUUACUAACUAACCCCAGUAACCUGACCGUUCAUUUGUCAGUAGACGUGGAGAAGUUAUCUGCUGAUGGUUAUAAACCUGCCGGUGUGUGGUCAACAUUGGUACCUGAAGACAAACAAGUUACAGAAAACAGCUGUGUAAUGAAGAAGACAUAUGAAUAUGUAGUACCACUGUCAGAGUGUAAACACAAGUCUGUCGUAGUAGGAGUUGGCUCUAUAGAAUCUUCAUUUCUAAUACAGGCUGUAGAUUGUGUGAAAUCACCUGUUGAUGAAGAUUUGGCUGCUAUAAUGGUAUUCAUACAGUAUCUGACACAGUUAGAGGGGCCAAUGUGGCGACAAAUCAGAGGUCUUGGACUAGCCUAUCAUUACAGUAUGUAUGUUCUGCCAGAGUCUGGGUUACUGUAUUUUCUGUUAGCAAAAUCUACUCAUAUAGUGAGGGCAUACAAGGAAGGUCAAGAUAUUGUGAUGAAUUAUGUAAAUGGUAAGACAGAACUGAAUGAUAUAGAGUUAGAGUCAGCCAAGAGUAGUCUUACUUUUGAAGUAAUUGAGAAGGAGACGACAGUAUCUGAUGUAUCAACCCAAUCACUGUUGUCCUACUUUAAAGGUGUACCACACACAUAUAACAAAGAUUUGCUAAAGCUGAUAUCAAUGGUGACGUUAAAUGACCUGAAAAGAGUUGGUGACAAGUACAUUGCUAAGUUAUUCAACGAGAAAGAAGCAAGAAGGGCAGUCUGUUGUAAUCCAUCCAAGGUGACAGAGGUUGUUACAGCUUUUAAAGAGAUUGGUGUUGUGAUGGAAGCGGUGCCUUCACUAGAUGCCGAAUUUCUGUGUGCAUUAUAGACAACAUUUCUACUUCAAUAGUGCUUUUAUGUAGAGAAAACAGCAGCAGCAAUCUCAUUGGUCAAUUAAAUAAAAAUUAAAUCUAAAGUUAUUCCAACUUUAAAAGAACGUGAGCAAGUAUUCAAUCAAUAAAAAAAAACACAAGUGUAGUAAAUUAUAGUUUUAUCUAGAAUAAGUUAUAUUGUAAACACUGCUAUAAAAGAAAGUGAACUUAGUAGGUUUUAAAGGAACUCCACUGAGGUCCAAAAGCCUAAAGACAUAAAAUUUGAAUUUCUCUCAUAUAUCAACAGGGACACUUAAAACAGAGUGAUAUGCAAAAGAUAAUAAAGAUAUACUCAGAAAUGAAUUGAAAGUUUUAUUUUUCUACUUUUCUUAGCUGUAUUCGAGUGAAAAACAUUGCAAUGCUUUUUUGUUUUGUGCCAUUUUUCACAGUUACCUACAUCAAAUAGAAAAUUAAUCUCAAUAAAUCAAUUCAGUCUUGUCAAGUCAAAAAAACUCAGGGGAGUCCCUUUAAUAAUUUCUUAGCAAGGUACAGCCACUUGCUUGUACAGUAAUUGUAAACUAACAAAGAACGAUCAAAAGAUUGUGACAACUCUGUUUUCAACAUAGUUUGGUUUAUGCAUAAUGUAUCGUCACUGACUUCUUGAUAUAAAUCAUUAUCAUAGAUUUUCAUUGUUUACAUUUAAAAGGGAUAGUUGAAUAUCAAUGCAAUUUGUGCUUGUGUAAAACAGCUAAAAGUACACCUUUUAUACAUGUUGUUAAACAAAAUCAAAAAACAAUAUUCUUGUCAUUAACAUUGCCAAUGCUCAAAAUUAAAUUGUGUAU